UUUUUUUUUUUUUUUUUUUAAUCCCCGCACCAAGCGCUUAACCUCAUUGGGGUGGAGGAGAAGGCGGCGGCCGUCUGGUCCGCAGAGGCAACGGGAGCGAAUAAUACGGCCAAUGGACUGCUGAAUUAUGAAGUAUUUCAGACCCAGGAGGAGAGCGUCACUCUGCCACUCACUCCUUUCUCCUCUACUAGUUAUUUAAAUUGGACUUUUAAUAUCCUCCCAGCUGCUCUUCAGCCACACAUGGUGCAUUGCUGCCAUUCCCCGGAUUGCAUCUUUGACACACAAGCUCUUAGUAACCUUCAGCAAACAAAGAGGCCGCCUCCGGGGGCCGCUCACGGGGAGGGCGUCACCCCCACCGCCCUCUAGCUUCGCGGCUCUGGAUUGGAAUUCCGCCAUGGAGCCUCGCAUGGAGGCCUGCCUGGCACAGGUGCUGCAGAAGGAUGUGGGGAAACGACUGCAGGUUGGCCAAGAACUGAUAGACUAUUUCUCAGACAAACAGAAGUCUGCCGACCUCGAGCAUGACCAGACCAUGUUAGACAAACUUGUGGAUGGACUCGCUACCUCUUGGGUGAACUCUAGCAAUUAUAAGGUGGUUCUCCUGGGCAUGGACAUCCUGUCCGCGCUGGUCACCCGGCUGCAGGAUCGGUUCAAGGCGCAGAUCGGUACAGUGCUGCCGAGUUUAAUAGACAGACUGGGAGAUGCUAAAGACUCUGUGAGGGAGCAAGACCAGGCCCUGCUGCUGAAGAUCAUGGAUCAGGCUGCUAAUCCCCAGUACGUGUGGGACCGGAUGCUUGGCGGCUUCAAGCACAAGAACUUUCGCACCCGGGAAGGCACUUGUCUCUGCCUUGUGGCCACCCUCAACAGCUCUGGAGCUCAUACGUUAACACUAAGCAAGAUCGUGCCACAUAUAUGUAACCUACUAGGAGAUCCCAACAGCCAGGUUCGAGAUGCAGCAAUAAACAGCUUAGUGGAAAUUUACAGACAUGUAGGAGAACGUGUGAGGGCAGAUCUCAGUAAGAAAGGAUUGCCACAGUCCCGGUUGAAUGUAAUUUUUACAAAAUUUGAUGAAGUCCAAAAAUCUGGAAACAUGAUACAAUCUGCGAAUGAUAAAAACUUUGAUGAUGAAGAUUCUGUGGAUGGUAAUAGACCUUCUUCCGCCAGCUCUACGUCGUCCAAAGCUCCAGCAGGCUCACGGAGAAACGUUGGAAUGGGGACCACCCGUAGGCUCGGCUCCUCCUCUCUUGGAUCCAAGUCUUCAGCUGCAAAAGAAGGAGCUGGUGCUGUUGAUGAAGAGGAUUUUAUUAAAGCAUUUGACGAUGUGCCUGUAGUCCAGAUUUAUUCCAGCCGAGACCUUGAGGAGUCCAUAAACAAGAUUAGGGAAAUAUUAUCUGAUGACAAGCAUGAUUGGGAGCAAAGAGUAAAUGCUCUAAAAAAGAUUAGAUCUUUACUCUUGGCUGGUGCUGCCGAGUAUGAUAACUUCUUCCAGCACUUACGGCUUUUGGACGGAGCCUUUAAACUGUCCGCUAAGGAUCUACGGUCUCAGGUAGUGCGGGAGGCUUGUAUCACGCUGGGGCAUCUGUCAUCAGUGCUGGGGAAUAAGUUUGACCAUGGAGCUGAAGCCAUUAUGCCAACUAUCUUUAAUUUAAUUCCAAAUAGUGCCAAAAUUAUGGCCACCUCUGGCGUUGUAGCUGUUAGGUUAAUCAUUCGGCACACACACAUCCCUAGGCUAAUACCUGUCAUAACAAGCAACUGUACCUCCAAGUCUGUUGCAGUUAGAAGGCGCUGCUUUGAAUUUUUAGAUCUACUUUUACAAGAAUGGCAGACACAUUCAUUGGAACGACACAUAUCAGUAUUAGCUGAAACAAUAAAGAAGGGAAUACAUGAUGCUGAUUCAGAAGCAAGGAUAGAAGCCAGAAAGUGUUACUGGGGUUUCCACAGUCACUUCAGCAGGGAAGCAGAGCACCUGUACCACACGCUGGAGUCCUCCUACCAGAAGGCCCUGCAGACCCACCUAAAGAGCUCGGACAGCGUGGUGUCCCUGCCACAGUCAGACCGCUCAUCCUCCAGCUCCCAGGAGAGUCUCAAUCGGCCGCUCUCUGCCAAAAGAAGUCCUACUGGCAGUACCACCUCCAGAGCUUCCACGGUCAGCACCAAGUCCGCAUCCACCGCGGGGUCCCUGCAGCGGUCUCGAAGUGACAUCGACGUGAAUGCAGCUGCCAGCGCCAAAUCCAAGAUCUCCUCGGCUGCCAGCACAGCGCCCUUCAGCUCGGCGGCGGCCUUACCUCCGGGCUCGUAUGCGUCCUUAGGUCGGAUCCGCACGCGACGGCAGAGCUCCGGGAGUGCCAAAGUCGCCUCUACACCUUCCGACAGUCGGGGCCGCAGUCGCGCCAAAGUGGUCUCGCAGUCCCAGCGAUCCAGAUCUGCUAAUCCUGCUGGUGCUGGCAGCCGAUCCAGUUCCCCAGGGAAAUUGUUGGGAAGUGGUUAUAGUGGCCUUGCUGGGGGUUCCUCAAGAGGCCCACCUGUGACACCCUCUUCAGAAAAACGAAGCAAGAUUCCCAGGAGUCAGGGAUGUAGUCGAGAAACAAGUCCAAACCGCAUAGGAUUAGCACGGAGCAGCCGUAUCCCUCGACCCAGCACGAGUCAGGGGUGCAGCCGCGAUGCCAGCCGUGAGAGCAGCCGGGAUACGAGCCCUGCUCGGGGCUUCGCGCCGCUCGACCGCUUUGGGCUCGGCCAGGCAGGGAGAAUUCCUGGUUCUGUGAAUGCCAUGCGGGUUCUGAGCACCAGUACAGAUCUGGAAGCUGCUGUCGCUGAUGCUUUGAAGAAGCCUGUGAGGAGGAGAUAUGAGCCCUACGGGAUGUAUUCUGAUGACGACGCCAACAGCGACGCCUCCAGCGUGUGCUCGGAGCGCUCGUACGGCUCCCGGAAUGGGGGUAUCCCCCACUACCUGCGCCAGACUGAGGAUGUGGCUGAGGUGCUCAACCACUGUGCCAGCUCCAACUGGGCUGAGAGGAAGGAAGGGCUGCUGGGUCUGCAGAACCUGCUGAAGAGCCAGAGAACGCUGAGUCGAGUAGAAUUGAAAAGAUUGUGUGAGAUUUUCACCCGAAUGUUUGCUGACCCUCACAGCAAGAGAGUUUUCAGUAUGUUUUUGGAGACCCUUGUGGAUUUUAUAAUAAUUCAUAAGGAUGACUUGCAAGACUGGCUUUUUGUUCUUCUCACACAAUUACUGAAGAAAAUGGGAGCGGAUUUACUUGGAUCUGUGCAAGCAAAAGUUCAGAAAGCUCUUGAUGUCACAAGGGACUCCUUUCCAUUUGAUCAACAAUUUAACAUUUUGAUGCGAUUUAUUGUGGAUCAGACUCAAACUCCUAACCUCAAGGUCAAAGUUGCAAUCCUGAAGUAUAUUGAGUCUCUCGCCAGGCAGAUGGACCCAACAGAUUUCGUAAACUCUAGUGAGACAAGGCUUGCUGUUUCUAGAAUCAUAACCUGGACAACAGAACCAAAGAGUUCAGACGUGAGAAAGGCAGCACAAAUUGUGCUCAUCUCUCUGUUUGAAUUGAACACUCCUGAAUUUACUAUGUUACUUGGUGCCUUGCCUAAAACAUUCCAGGAUGGUGCCACCAAACUCCUGCAUAACCACCUCAAGAAUUCCAGUAACACCAGUGUGGGCUCUCCAAGCAACACCAUUGGCCGGACUCCCUCCAGGCACCCCAGCAGCCGGACCAGCCCCCUGACCUCACCCACCAACUGCUCCCAUGGUGGCCUAUCUCCAAGUCGGUUAUGGGGUUGCAGUGCCGAUGGGCUGUCGAGGCACCCACCUCCCUUUCCUCAGCCUAACUCCAUCCCCACCGCUCCCUCCCACAAGACUCUCAGGCGCUCUUACUCUCCCAGCAUGCUGGACUAUGAUACUGAAAACCUGAACUCUGAAGAAAUCUAUAGUUCUUUGCGUGGAGUGACAGAAGCCAUUGAAAAGUUUAGUUUUCGAAGCCAAGAGGAUCUGAAUGAGCCCAUUAAAAGAGAUGGCAGAAAGGACUGCGAUAUUGUGUCCCGUGACGGUGGCAUCGCCUCCCCUGCCACCGAGGGCCGGGGUGGCAGCGAGGUGGUGGAAGGAGGCCGGACAGCUCUGGACAACAAGACUUCCCUCCUCAACACCCAGCCCCCUCGCGCCUUCCCAGGGCCACGGGCGCGGGACUACAGCCCCUACCCCUACUCGGACACCAUCAGCGCCUAUGACAAGACAGCCCUGAAGGAGGCCGUGUUCGACGACGACAUGGAGCAACUGCGAGAUGUGCCCAUUGACCACUCGGACCUGGUAGCAGACCUCCUGAAGGAGCUGUCCAACCACAACGAGCGGGUGGAGGAGCGGAAGGGCGCGCUGCUGGAGCUGCUCAAGAUCACGCGCGAGGACAGCCUGGGCGUCUGGGAGGAGCACUUCAAGACCAUCCUGCUGUUGCUGCUUGAGACACUCGGGGACAAGGAUCAUUCCAUCCGAGCACUGGCUCUCAGAGUGUUGCGGGAAAUCCUGAGAAACCAGCCAGCAAGGUUUAAAAACUACGCGGAGCUGACGAUCAUGAAGACACUGGAAGCCCACAAAGACUCCCACAAGGAGGUGGUGAGGGCUGCCGAGGAGGCCGCAUCCACGCUGGCCAGUUCCAUCCACCCAGAGCAGUGCAUCAAAGUGCUGUGCCCCAUUGUCCAGACAGCCGACUACCCCAUCAACCUGGCCGCCAUCAAGAUGCAGACCAAAGUCGUCGAGAGGAUUGCCAAGGAGUCCUUGCUGCAGCUCCUCGCAGACAUCAUCCCAGGCCUGCUGCAGGGUUACGACAACACCGAGAGCAGCGUGCGCAAGGCCAGCGUGUUUUGCUUAGUGGCAAUUUAUUCCGUAAUUGGAGAAGAGUUGAAACCUCACCUGGCACAGCUUACGGGGAGCAAGAUGAAGCUGCUCAACUUAUACAUAAAGAGGGCGCAGACCACGAACAGCAACAGCAGCUCCUCCUCUGAUGUCUCCACCCACAGCUAAUGUAACGCCAGAAUCUCUGUGUAGCCCUGGAAGCAGUCGGUGGUGCCUCAGAGACCUCCCCUCCACCCCCCAUCGGCUGCCCAGUCAGGACCGGAGGCCCGCAAAUAUUUAUUACAAUCAGUAUUUUGAUCCCUUCCAGCUUUUGUGUAGAAUCAUACUGGUAUUGAAUGUAAGGGAAGCAAGGCCUGUAUUUCAUCUUCCUGCAGAACAGAAGGAAUAAGAAAAGAGCCAUACUCAAACCGUCUCGUCCAGCCUGCUGAGGUUGUAAAACCGUGUGUGUGGGGUGCAGUUCAUAAAAGUCAGAGCUCUCUAGCUGAUACAUGGUAGAAAGUAGCGUGUUCUCUUCAGUUAAUAACCAGGAGGUUUGAGGAGGCUGUAUUGAGUUGUGUUUCUUUUUCAUUCUGGCUCCCUUGCCUCUGGAUCUGGCCUGUGUGGGGGCCGAGCCCACGCCCUUCACAACUGACAACCACGAAAGGGUUUUAUAUGUUUUAGGUUGCAUUUUGAGACAGCAGCAGCAGCAAGAAUAUGAGUCAAGUCUUGGCAAGAAAUGCGAAAAAAGCCCAAAGAUGGCCUUUUAACGAACAUGUCAUAUUUUGCUUACACUCUGCAGCCUGGGGGCUGGCACCCUUCACUGCCUCCUUCCAGGAUGGGCUCCCGGCUCCUCCAAACAGCCCCACUGAUGCCACCCCUUCCCCAGAGCUGCCGGGGCAGAGAUCUGUGACAGUUGAGAUCGAAACACAGAAAUCAAGGUAAACGAUAGCCUCAGUUAGUGUGUGCUUGAAGUGGGACUUCACACAGCAUUGAAAGCCCAAGAGGGGCUGCUGGGUUUACUGCGGAGAUCCUGGGAAGCACUACGGAAGAGCACUGCCCCUGGAGCCUCGGGUCUAGUGUCUCUUUUCCCCGAGCUGCACGAUUCCACAGUGUUCUUUCAGUCAGAUACUUGGCAACUCUGCCAUCUCAGUUUUGAUUUCUUUGUUUAAUUUGGGAUUGAGAUCAAAGAAAAAUCUAAAGAAACCAGGUUAUCAGGAUCAUUUUUAAAUUUUGUGAACUGAAGUACUUCCUCGAUCACCUGUUGAAAUAAUCGUGGCUUAAGGAAAAUAAUUACGAUAUGCAGCGAAUUGCAGAGAAACGGGAUUUGAACCAGUUUAGAGUCUGUUUUUCCUUCAGUGAGGAACUUACCCUUUAAAAUGUUUUCUUGAGGGUUACAUUGCUUCAGUAAAGGUGACUACAGAUCUCAAGUCUGUGUAACUUAAGUUUCAAGUAAAAUUCUUCAAACCAAAUGGAAAUUCUUUUUGCAAUCAUGGAAACAUUUUAGACUCUCUAAACUAAACUGGUUUUUCCAUAUUUCCUUAUGGAAAUUCGUUCAGUUCUUUUUCCCAUGCCUGUUCUGAUGUUAAUUUUUAAUGAGGUGUUUGCUGCUCAGGUGCAGAAUCUUGGCAACUGCCAGGUUGUAUGGUUCCCACCUCUGAGCUCUAGCUUGACGUUGGAAGUCGUGAAAGACACUGUAACAGAACAUAACUUGUUUUCAUUCAGAAUUUAUUUUAGAUACUUUAUUUGGAAAUAGGCACCGAAAAUGGAGGUCCAGGAGCAGUGAGGCUGGGGUGCCUUCACUGCGUGUGUGUGUGGGGGGGUGUGUGUGUAGGGGGUAUCCUGCACGUGUAGGAGGUGCCCUGCUGCUGCUGUUGAGAGAACUUCAGGGGUGUGUUUUAAGUGAUCAAACAUCGUUGACUCUUGGCUCAAAACAUAGCAGGACCAGGCCUUACUUCCAUUGAUAAAUACCGUUUGUUCAUAUGUCGCUUUUGGGGUUUUUUUUCUUACCCCCUACAAACAAGUCCAAGUGUCUGAUGACUUCUGGGGCAGAAACUGUGUUUUUUCCUGCCUAGUGUGUGUAGAAAGGCCUUUCUCCUUCAGCUCGUGGACACCCAGGUUGCUGCGGCCCCCUACCCUGAAGUCAGGAAGGACCUUGAGCAUGGCCACGUGUCCUCCUGGCACUCACAAAGGGCUCGCCUUGAAUGUCACUUGCCCAACCUUGGUCUCCCAACGCAGAGGGAGCCGCCACCCCCAGGUCUCUGGGCCUCCUGGGAGGAGACUCGCAUGCAGCCACAACCUCAGGGGGCCACCCCCUCCAACCGACAGCUGCAACUGCCCUGCCUGGCCGCCGCCUCCCUGCAGGCCUCCUGUCUGGAUGAAACAACAGAACACAAGCGAGCAAAGCACCCAAAACUCGUGUCUGCCUCCCCGUUCGCCUGACUGUCCAGGGCUACGAGAAGCCCACUGGGGCCAGGUCGCCUGGCUCCUGCUUCCCCUCCCACUGUGGCCCGCGGGAGGCACACGGCCUUCCUGGGGCACUGUAGCCACAGGCGCCUGCCACAGCCCCACUAGCUUCUCAGUCAUGCAGGCAAUGCAGCUGCGCCUGAUUUGUCUCCUAAAUCUUUUUCUUUCCCCGCCGCCCUUUAUUUAUCAAGCAUAAUAUUACACAUUAAAGAAGAGCAAAUAAGAACUUUGUAGAACCUCACCAGGACUUUGCUAACGAUGAUAAUUUGAAAAUGAGAACAACGCUCUGAAAAAUAUCCACCACCAAAAUAGUUUUGUUGGCACUGUUCACACGCAUGGUCCCCCACAUCCCCAGGUUGGGUUUUUGUUUUUUGGUUUUGGUUUUUUUGGGGGCUUUUUCAUGUUACAUCCAUAUCUGUAUUUAUAUCUUAUUUGUUUCACUUUCAAGUGUAUCAUGGCAAAUGUACAGAUUUUCUUUUUUUUGUUAAUAAUGUGCUAGGAUUUGCUAAAAAAGGAAACACAAAAACCCUUUUGAGUUUGCCCUAGAAUAAAUGAGACUUAAUUCAG